UGUUAUCUAAAUAUAUAAAGCUUCCAGGCUCUCUCUAUCCUUAUUCCUCUUCACCGGCUGCACAGUCAACAUGUGGGUUCUCUUUGCAAUCGUUUCGGUCCUCGCUUCUGCUGCUCUAGGAAAGGACGACAUCUGCCAGAAGAGGAUUUAUGAAGCAUGUGAUUAUGAUCACGAUUUUGUGUUUCCAAACAACGAGAAACAGUUCGAUGAGGAAUGUUCUAUUCUAUUGGACGAGAGUAACUGUAGACUGGAGUAUGCAAUCAAAUGCGAAUCUGAUCGGCUUGAAGAGAUUACUGAAAUUAAUGAAUUUCUAGAAGAUGUCUGCCGCAAAGGCUCAAGCCUUAAUGAAGCUAUUGCGCCCAAUGUUGGAUGCAUCAAAGAAAGCAUAAUGAACGAAUGUUCCGAAAGCACCAGGAGAGUGCAUAGAAAUUACAGAGAAUACCUGAACACUAACGGUGGAGAAUUUUCUGACAAGAAACUCAUGUGCAUGAGCCUUGCCAGCGAUGCUGCUUGCGCCGUUAAUGCUGUUUCAGUACCCUGUGGCAAUACGGUGAAGAAUGCCGUUAAACAAAGUAUCCGUCGCAUUGACUGGAUGGAACAGAAGAAUGUGUGUACAAGAAAAUUGAGAGAAGAAAUUGCUAAAGAUAUCCCAACUAUUCAAAUCAGCCUUUCCGAAAAGGUGAUACUCGAAGAAUUACUCUUGGACAUCUGAAAUGGAUGAGACACAUGCAGGAAGAAACUCAUUUUGAGUACAUUGAUUAAUGUUUGAUUACUAAUGCGUACAGAAUUAAAUGCAAUAAAUAUAUUUUGCAAGCACA